AACAAAGUCAUGACGUCUGGUGCAUAUGCGACACUCGUUUGCUAUUAGAAGCUAGUCGACCUGCAUUUAGGCAACACCAUGCUAGUGGUACAGAUAAUAUGGCUACUCCUAGGAGCCGCCGCAGCGGCGCCCUCGGACGAAUUCCGUGCUUUCAUCAACGAAGGAGAACUAUCCGUCGACGAGGCUAAAUAUAUUAUGCAUAUCGUUCCCUCAGGAUUCUCACCACAAACACAGAACAAUAUUAAAUUGCUGCCGGAUGUAGCAAAUGACAAUAAUGAAUACUUCAAGGCAUUUAAUAGUUAUAUAGAAAAAGGUAUCACUCAAAAAGGUCUCACAUUCAACAUAUACGACGAUGACAUGAGAGAAGCUACGAUUGCACUCUUUCGAUUUCUUCAAAACAUAGAGCAUAGUGACUAUGAAACAUUCGUGGAUUGGGCAAAAAACAAUAUUAACAAAGACAUGUUAAACUACGCUAUUAAAGUAAAUUAUUUAUACAGUCUUAAAUUAAAUAGAAAGCUUAUAACUCAAGUGCCAUGCUAUAUUGAAAAACCAAAUUUCUUUGUCAACUCUGAAACGAUCGUAAAGGCUUUGGGACUCCGCGGAAUCAUGAACUACCGCGGAGACCUGCCUGAGGAAUCGACAGUCAAUCAAUAUUAUCAGUCACAUGGUUUCAUUGUAAUAAACACAAACUAUUCCGGAUGGAAUUUAGCCCAUAACGGUGGGGAUGAAGAAAUUAAUUACUUUAGAGAAGACAUUGCUCUCAACUGUUAUUAUCUUGGAGUACACCUUCUGCAUCCGUUUUGGAUGUCCAAUGAGGAGUUGGAUGUAAUAAAUCCAAGACAUGCUGAGCACUACUAUUACACUCACCAACAAUUAGUUGCUCGAUAUCAGCUAGAGAAGGAACAUUUAAAACAAGAAUUGGAUUCCGAAAAGUGCAAAAAGAACACUGACAAGUCUUAUUAUAAUCCCCAUUUGAUUUAUGACAAUGGUCUAGCGUUUCCCUUUAGACCGUCCGUCCAAACCGAAUGGUCUGAUGAGAAAGCUAAAAUAAAAUCUAUAGACAUCGCAAUACGUGAGUGUAUAGCUCGUGGAUUUAUUAUUAUGGACAAUGGGACCACAGUUAACAUGAUCGAUGACAAUUAUGUAAAUAUGCUAGCAAAGUUAAUCAGAGCUAAUCUGGAAAGUGUCAGAAUGACUAAAACAAUCCGGUCCUUAUUCGGAGCUGGUGGUAAUAGAUGUAAUACGAAUGAGUACAAUCCAGCCCCUUCGAUAUUGCACCAUCCUGAAACAACACUUCGGGACCCUAUUUACUGGCAGAUGAUACAAUAUGUUUUGGGAUAUUUCACAGAAUUAAAAGACACUAUGGAACCAUUCGAUUUAUCUGAAUAUGAAACAGAAGACUUUACGAUCAUUGGAAAUAAUUUUACAAAAAUUGUAACAUAUUUUGACUAUUAUCAGUUUUCUAUAAACAAAGUAACAACGGAUCAAAAUAACUAUUACCUGUCGAAAAAGUGGCCAAUAUUUGCACGACAAAGACGCUUGAAGCAUUUGCCUUUCUCUCUAAAUAUUACUGUACAAUCCUCAAUGGAACAAAAUGUAAUUGUGAGAUUAUUUUUGGGUCCCAAAUGUGAUUACGAUUGUUGGAGCGAGUACUCUAAAUUCUAUGAACUAGACUCCUUCCAUUAUAGCCUACAAGGAGGAAUCAACGAUAUUAUUUGGUCUCCGGAAAAAUCAUCAAAGUACUCAUUCUUUACCGACGAAAAUUUAUACGAUUAUUACAACCCACACAGUAAGCAAUCGUCACAAAAGAAACCUAAAUACAACAUGUAUAAAUUCCCUGGAAAUUUAUUAAUACCUAAAGGAAUCGAAAACGGAUUAGAUUUAAAACUAUUUGUUAUGCUUACACAUGCUGAUGAUAUAUCUCUAAUGGAUCAUGCACCAGAUGUAAACUAUUAUAAGCAAGUAUCAUAUGAAGUAGAUUCAAAACCAUUAGGGUUUCCUUUCCACAGGCGAGCCACUGGAUAUAAUAAUAACGCAAAUAAUUAUAAAUUUUAUGAUGUUACUAUAUAUCAUAAACGCCAUUAUAUUGAUGAAAGCGGUAGCUUUUCCCCUCACUUGUAUUGACAUCAUAAUAUUUUUGUAUAAAUACAUGUAGGUGUUUAAAUCAAUAGCUACCUAAGAUAAUGCGUCUAAGUAUCGUGGGCGAAAUUCCAAGAGCGUGAAAUUUAAAAAUAUUAAGUACUUUUUAGGAAAGAAAAAAUAGCGCAUGCAAGAAGCUAAGCUAAAUAGUAUAAUAUGUUCUAUUUGAAUAUGAUUAGAGUAAAUUCUGAACAGAUUAAGUUCAUUAAAAAUAGUUUAUCAUAAUACUAACGUUAAAAUAGCAUUUAAAUCGCAAAUCAUAUAAUUUCGUUGACGAUAUGCUAAAGUUAUGUGUAAAAAGUAGAGGUAUAUUUAAAAUGCUCAAGUUACCAAAAAAUAAUGUUAAAAAAUUGUUAAGGUUUUGUUAUUCAUAAACUAAAAAAAAUAACAUUAUAAUA